AUGUCUGAUCAAGUUUAUGUUCCGCCAACAUCAGCACCAAUGAGCAACGAGUUAAAAGUUAGAGAAUUUUAUAGACUCCACAAUGCUUGUGUGAAAUUGAAAGAGUCUAUUAAAUUGAUUUAUGAAAACCCAUUGGUAACUGACCAAAAUGUUUUGAAUUUGGGAACUGCAGAAAAUACUAUUGAUUAUACAAUUUUAAACACACCUACACUAAAUGUUGCUAAAACUUUACUGGGCAAUAGAUAUUCAUUAGAUCUAAUAGAUCUUUUUCAAUCUCAUGAUUUCAAAGAUUCAAACACUGAUGUGGAUAUGUUUAUUAAAUAUCCUGUGGUUUAUGAUGAAAAUUUGGAAAAUUUAGCAUUUAUGCAUAAAAGUUUUCCAAAUAUGAAUGCACAUCUAAAUGAUGCUCAAAAGACUCAAUUAUCUAAUGAAAGGUUAGAAUUUUUGGGUGAUAGUUGGCUAGGUGCUUUAGUUUCAUAUAUUGUAUACACCAGAUUUCCUUCUGCAAAUGAAGGUAUGCUUUCUCAAAUGAAAGAAUCAAUAGUAAAUAAUAAUAAUCUAUUUGAUUGGAGUACAAAAUUAAACUUCACCAAGAGAUUACAAGGUAAUAUCGCUACACCUACUAGAGUGGUCAAAGAUAAAAUGUCUAAACGUUAUGCUGAUUGUGUUGAAGCCUAUAUUGGUGCAUUGGUUAUUGAUAGAUUUGGCACUGAGUUUUUGGAUAUCAAGGAAUGGUUAGAAGAACUAUCAGAAAAAAAAUUGGCCAAAUCGAGCCAAAUGGUGAUAAAGGAACCAUUAAAUAAAAAUGCUAAAAAUGAAUUAGCCGAAUUACUGCAAAUUAACAAAUUAGGACAUAAACUUCAUUACAGAAAGCUUACAGAAAUGCCUCCAUUCAGAGUUGAAGUUAAAAUAGGUGACAUUCUGUUAGACGAAGCUGAAGGUAACAGUAUAAGGGAAGCAGAACACAGAGCUGCGAUGAAGGUAUUGGAAAAUGAUGAAUUAUUGAGGAAAUAUUCGGUUUAUGAUUUAGAGGAUGGAAACUCGAAGAAAUAUUCUAUUGAAGAGACGGAUCUUAAACAUGAUAUUGAAUCCUCUGGAAUAUCUAAUGAAAAUUUUUUGCAAAAUGAGGGAAAUGGAACUGAAAAUAUAGAAUCAAAAUUUAAACAAUUGAAUAUAUCAAAUGAUAGCAACAAAGAUGAUUUAGUUAAUAAUAUUACAAAUUCUGUUUUUAGUAAAUUGCAGGAUGUCGUAAGUAAAAUUGUCAUUGACGCUAUUUCCGAAUCAAUCCCAAAUAAUCCCCACAAAAUAGAACAAUCUAGAAAUGGUAAAGUAGGAACACAAACAAAUACUAGUGCUACAACUUCAGAUGUCCUUUCAGUUCAAACGUCUAUUCCUAAAAGCGAGUCAACUUCGGCUGAUAAAGCUCCUAUCACAUGUGAUCCCAAUGCCAAACAGGCAUUGUAUACCCUGUUAUCUAGAUCACAAGUGUUCCCAGACUAUGAAAUGGUUCAACAUUCCAUGGAUAAUUUCACCGCUAACUGUAUCAUUAAAGGCAGCGGUAUAUUUUUAGCGUCCGGAAGAGGUCGCAGUAAGAAGAUUGCUCAGCAAAAUGCAGCAUCAGCGGCACUUCGGAGCCCAAUCUUAAAAUCUAUUUUGGAAGAACAAAACAAUUUUUAA